AUGGCUCCUAAGAAGGCAGGUGGUUUGGGAGUUGGGGAUGCGGUGAUUCGAAAUACAGCUUUGCUGUUCAAGUGGUGGUGGAGGUUCUCAAAAGAAGAUUGUCCUUUAUGGAAACAAGUUGUUUGCUCCUGCAACAACAUGAAUCCUACUGUGAUGCUGCGAGGCCAGCCAGUUCCCAUAAGAGGGGGUCCUUGGCAGGAUAUCUGCCAGCUUCAAAUUAGUGAGUCACAGCUGAGAGAAAAUAUGAUCAGCGGGUUGUCUAUAGAGCUCGGUAAUGGCAGAACAAUCCGGUUCUGGGAGGAUAGCUGGUUGCCGCCUGGGGUGUUGAAAGAUAUGUUUCCUAGACUCUACUCGGUUUUGCAGGCGGAAGUCCUACAGGAAAAAAUCACUAGCUAUAGCUUCACUCGUGCUGUUUGGAAAGGGUUUGUCCCUCCGAGGGUUGAGCUGUUUACUUGGUUUGUCUUGGUUGGAAGGAUGAAUACCAAGGAUCGACUAUGUAGAUUUCAGGUUAUUGCUCACCAGGACAAUAGGUGUGUGCUAUGCGGUAAGGCUGAGGAAACUGCUUUUCAUUUGUUCCUCGAGUGCGAGAUCACUUGGCAGGUGUGGUGUGCUUGGCUGCUGGCCUUGGGACGAAGGUGGAGCUUUCCAGAUACACUAAAGGAUCACUUUGAAAGCUGGACGAAUUUAUCUGUAAGGAAGGUAGACAGAAAGAGGUGGUUCAUUGGGUUCUUUGCGGUUAUCUGGACAACCUGGCUAGAAAGGAAUGGUAGACUCUUCCGAGAUAAUACUUCCAGCGUGGAGGACAUCAUAAGCAGGUCGCUUAGGUACUCUGAGGAAUGGAGUGGUGAUGACCCAUUUGGUUGUUGA